AUGAAUUCUUUAGGACAAACUACACAACUACCUAAUUAUUCUUGUAGUGAAAAUAAUGCCUCUAUUCAGUUUACAUUGUCUUCAUCAUCUCAUUCAGCUGCGAAUCCAACAUCAAAUUGUUCUUUACAACAAUGUAAUGUAAACUUAACUAAUAAUAAUAACGAUAAUUGCCGUUCAUCAUCAACGCCUUGUUUUGAUUAUCGAACAAUAAAUAAUAUUAGUUAUUGUGCACCUGGUAUUUUAUGUUCAAUAUUAGAAAGAUGUGAUAAUGUUACACAAACAUGUUCCUCAAAUAAUUCAAUAUGUAUUAUUAAUUCAUGUUGUUCAUCACAAGCAGUAUGUUUACCAUUCUUAGCAACAUACAUGUGUAAAACAGGAUGGUUUUCUACUGGUAACAUGACUAAUGCACGAUAUUAUCACACAGCAUCUGUCUUAUCAAAUGGAAAAGUACUAGUUACUGGUGGAUAUGGCCCUACUAGUUAUUUAAAUAGUGCUGAAUUGUAUGAUCCAUCAACAGGUAUUUGGACAACUAGUGGUAACCUGACUAAUCCACGAGUUUCUCAUACAGUAUCUGUAUUAUCAAAUGGAAAAAUAAUAGUUACUGGUGGAUAUGGCCCUACUAGUUAUUUAAAUAGUGCUGAGUUGUAUGAUUCAUCAACAGGUAUUUGGACAACUAGUGGUAACAUGACUAAUUCACGAUAUUAUCACACAGCAUCUGUAUUAUCAAAUGGAAAAGUAUUAGUUACUGGUGGAUACAAUAGUAACAGUGCUUUAAGUAGUGCUGAAUUGUAUGAUCCAUCAACUAGUAUUUGGACAACUACUGGUAACAUGACUAAUUCACGAUAUUAUCACACAGCAUCUGUCUUAUUAAAUGGAAAAGUAUUAGUUGCUGGUGGACAAAGCAAUACUGCUUUAAAUAGUGCUGAGUUGUAUGAUUUAUCAACAGGUAUUUGGACAACUAGUGGUAACAUGACUAAUCCACGAGAGUAUCAUACAGCAUCUGUAUUAUCAAAUGGAAAAGUAUUAGUUACUGGUGGAUACAAUGUUGGCAUUGUUUUAAAUAGUGCUGAAUUGUAUGAUACAUCAACAGGUACUUGGACAACUACUAGUAAUAUGACUAAUGUACGAGAUUUCCACACAGCAUCUGUAUUAUCAAAUGGAAAAGUAUUAGUUACUGGUGGAUACGAUGGUAAUAGUGGUUAUUUAAAUAGUGCAGAGUUAUAUUAA